GGCUGGGGCUGGGGUAGAGUGCAGCCCCUGGGGAGGGUCCAGCUCUCUUGACCUUGUUGGAGUCCCCUGGGGGACUGAUCUGGGGGGACUAAUCUGACCAGGUAAGACCUUUCCCCAGAGCUUCCGGGCAGUGGCUGAGGACGAGGAGCAGAUUCUGAGGCCUGGGGGGGGGCAGGACGUACAUCCAGUCAGAAGCCCCCAGAAAGGAGGACCCAGGCCAGGUCGCCAUGGAGACUGGGACAAUGGACAGAGACUCUGCCCUCCUCCGAGAGAUGAGCAGAGGUCAGCUUGAGGAAGGAGUGACCUCUGGGCUCCCAGUAGCACCCGGCUCCCUGCCAUCACUGACCUUCCAGGAAGUGGCUGUGGCCUUCAGCCAGGAGGAGUGGAGAUGCCUGUACCCCGCUCAGAAGAGCCUGUACCGAGAGGUCAUGCUGGAGAACUAUCGGCACCUCGUCUUCCUGGGGCUUCCGGUUUCCAAACCAGAGCUGAUCUCCCAGCUGGAGUGUGGGGGAGGCCCGUGGAUGCCGUUGGAGGAAGAGCCAAGAAGCCCCCGUACAGAAUUUGAAACUAAGCUAGAGACCCAGAAGACAAGAGAAAGGCAUUUCUGUGGAAGAAUCAUCCAAGUACAGACUUAGAAAGGUUGGUCCCUGGGAAGCUAAGCCUGGAGAAACUUGCAGUUGUGAUAUCAAGUGUGAUAGACAUCAGUGCAACAAGGAGAGAGAGUUGAAGCCAGGAACUCAGGAAGAGAUUCAUAAUGAGGCAAAAAGACAUGAAUGUAACAAAUUUAGGGAAAAUUUCAGUUUGCAGUUAGUCUUUGGUUUACACAGGAAUGUUUUUUCCAAAAAGAGGCUCUAUAAAUAUGACACACAUGGAAAUAAUGUCAAGCCAUCUUCAGACCUGAGUAGUCAUAAUGGAAUCUCAGGAACGAAAUCUCACAAGGACAAUGAGUGUAAUAAAGCCUUUAGUGACUACACAGAUCUUAUUCAGGAUCACAAAAUAAUUACUAAAGCAAAACCUUAUACAUGUAUUGGAUUUGGCAGAGCUUUCCAUCAGAGGCAACGCCUUACUCAACACCAUAGAAGUCAUCCAGCAGGGAAACAUACCUGUAGAGAUUGUGGAAGAACCUUUAGCCAACUGACAAACAUUAUUCCACAUCGGGAAAUUCACAAUGGGAGUAAAUUCUCUGAUUGUAGUGACUAUAGGAAUUCCUUAAGCAAUAGUUCAUCCCUUAUUCUGUGUCACAUAAUUCGUAGUGGACAGAAAUUCUAUGAAUGUCACAAAUGCAGGAAGCUCUUCAGCAAUCACAGAAACCUUUUUAUACACCAGAAAAUUCAUUUUGGAGAAAAACCCUAUAAAUGUAGUGAAUGUGGAAAAGCGUUCACACAGAGAGGAAACCUUACUGAACAUCAGAAGAUUCAUACUGGAGAGAGACCAUAUAAAUGUAAUGUAUGUGAAAAAGCUUUCAGCCAACAAGGACGUCUUACGGAACAUCAGCAAGUUCAUAAUGGAGACAAACCCCGUAAAUGUAGUGAAUGUGGAAAAUCCUUCAUCCAAAAACGAUAUCUAAUUGAGCAUCACAGAAUUCAUAGUGGAGAGAAACCCUAUCAUUGUCAUGAAUGUGGGAAGUCUUUCACUGGUCAUUCAGGCCUCAUUGUACAUCGAAUAAUUCAUACUGGAGAGAAACCUUAUAAUUGUAAUAUAUGUAAGAAAGCAUUCAGCCGGAGAGGAGGCCUUUCCUGACAUCAGAAAAUUCAUAAUGGAGAUAAACCCUAUAAAUGUAAUGAUUGCGGGAAAGAUUUCUCCCAGAGGGGACACCUUACAGAACAUCAGAGAAUACAUACUGGGGAGAAGCCAUAUAAAUGUAAAUUAUGUAGAAAAGUCUUCAGUCAUCUACAAAGCCUCACUAAACAUCUGAAAAUUCAUUCUGGAGAAAAACCAU